CCAAAUUAACCCCCUCCCCACAGCCAUGGCCUUCCUCACCUACAUCCUGCUGGCCGGGCUGGCCCUGGGCACCCAGAACAGGUUCUCCCCAGACAGCCUGGGGCUGGUGGCCAGCUCGGCGCUGGCCUGGCUGGUGCUGGAGGUGCUGAGCGUCCUCCUGAGCCUCUACCUGGUCACUGUGAGCACAGACCUGACCCCCAUCGACCUCCUGGCCUUUGCUGGCUACAAAUACGUGGGGAUGAUCGUGGGGCUCGUGGCCGGGUUGCUGCUGGGCCGGCCCGGUUACUACGCGGUGCUGAGCUGGUGCUGCCUCAGCAUCUUCGUGUUCAUGAUCCGGACGCUGCGGUUGAAGCUGCUCUCGGAGGCGGCGGCCGAGGGGGUUUUGGUCCGGGGGGCCAAGAACCAGCUGAGGAUGUACCUGACCAUGGCCAUCGCCGCUGCCCAGCCCCUCUUCAUGUACUGGCUCACCUACCACCUGCUCAGGUGAGGGGGGGAGACCCCCUGGAGCCCCCCAAAAUUCCCCAAAUCCGGAG